GGAUACACACAGCUGUCAGCCCAUGUGGCGUGGCCGGGAGAGGAUGUCUGUCAUUUAAAUAGAGGAGCCGGAGAGGAGAGACAUCACACCGGGGAGGAGGAGAGACACCGACCCCACCACCUCACACAUCAUCCCUGGGACACACACCGGAGCACCGGCCGGGAGAGGACACACAGACUGACCAUGGAGGAAAUAGUGAUAGCUGGAAUGGCUGGGAGGCUCCCAGAAUCAGACAAUCUACAGGAGUUCUGGGACAACCUCAUACAAGGAGUGGAUUUGGUCACAGAGGAUGACAGAAGGUGGAAGCCAGGUCUGUACGGAUUGCCAGCCAGGAAUGGAAAACUUAAAGAAAUUAACAAAUUUGAUGCGUCAUUCUUUGGUGUCCACCCCAAGCAAGCUCACACCAUGGACCCACAGCUCCGCUUACUUUUAGAAGUUUCCUAUGAAGCCAUAGUAGAUGGAGGAAUUAAUCCGUCAGAUCUACGCGGUACAAAAACAGGGGUCUGGGUAGGUGUCAGUGGGUCAGAAGCAGGUGAAGCUUUCAGUCGUGAUCCAGAAGAACUGCUCGGGUACAGCAUGACGGGGUGCCAACGUGCCAUGUUUGCCAACCGUAUAUCUUAUUUCUUCGACUUCAAGGGGCCCAGUUUGGCCAUAGACACAGCAUGCUCCUCAAGUUUAUUGGCAUUAGAAAAUGCCUACAAGGCUAUCUACCAUGGGCAGUGCGAUGCAGCCAUUGUAGGUGGUGUGAACCUAUUAUUAAAACCCAACACAUCAGUUCAGUUUAUGAAACUUGGGAUGUUGAGCCCCGAUGGGACCUGCAAGUCUUUUGAUGCCUCAGGUAAUGGCUAUUGUCGCUCUGAAGCUGCAUGCGCUGUGCUGGUCACAAAGAAGUCUAUGGCAAAACGGGUUUAUGCUACAAUAUUGAAUGCUGGAAGCAACACAGAUGGCUACAAAGAGCAAGGCGUGACCUUCCCAUCUGGCGAAGUACAACAGCAACUACUGAACUCCCUGUAUAAAGAGGCGGGCAUCCCAACCAACGAGGUGGAAUAUGUAGAAGCCCAUGGCACGGGUACUAAGGUUGGGGACCCUCAGGAAGUAAAUGGGAUCGUCAACGUGUUCUGUAACUCAGAAAGAGAGCCGCUACUUAUAGGAUCCACCAAAUCCAAUAUGGGUCACCCGGAACCGGCCUCUGGUCUUGCUGCACUGGCAAAGGUCAUUCUAUCCCUGGAGCAUGGGGUAUGGGCUCCUAAUCUUCACUACAAGAACCCAAACCCAGACAUCCCGGCAUUGCAAGAUGGCAGAAUCCAAGUAGUGUCCAAGCCCAUCCCAGUGAAGGGCGGCAUAGUUGGCAUCAACUCGUUUGGCUUUGGAGGCUCCAAUGUUCAUGUGAUCUUGAGGCCCAACAAGAAGAAACUUUCCUCUACCGAAGCUCUGCCUCUGCCCCGCCUGGUGCAGGUGUGCGGGAGGACACAGGAAGCAGUGGAGACUCUGAUGGAGAAGAGCAGGAACCUCGCCUCUGAUGCCACACUGGUGAACCUGUUAAACAGUAUUUCCGGGAUCCCACCCUCCGCCAUGCCAUACCGGGGUUACACACUUGUCGGAACGGAGAGUGAUGUGAAGGAAAUCCAACAGUCCCAGACAACUGGCAGACCUCUUUGGUACAUCUGUUCAGGAAUGGGGACACAAUGGAAAGGGAUGGGCCAUAGCCUUAUGAACCUGGACAUGUUUCGGGAGUCAAUCUUUAGGUCUGAUGAAGCCUUGAAAGGAACUGGGCUGAAGGUUUCGGAUCUCCUCCUAAAAGCCGAUGACAGCACCUUUGAGGACACCGUCCAUGCAUUCGUUGGUCUUGCAGCCAUUCAGAUUGCUCAGAUCGACAUGCUGAAGGCCAUGAAACUGGAGCCUGAUGGCAUUGUUGGACAUUCUGUGGGAGAAUUGGCAUGCGGCUAUGCAGACAACUCACUCACUCAUGGCGAAGCCAUUCUUGCUGCUUACUGGCGGGGUAAAUGCAUUAAAGAAGCCAAGUUACCACCGGGAGGAAUGGCUGCUGUUGGUUUGACUUGGGAGGAAUGUAAAGUUCAGUGCCCACAGGGAGUGGUACCGGCUUGCCAUAAUUCUGAGGACACGGUCACCAUAUCCGGACCCCAGGAUUCCGUGAGGGACUUUGUUGUAAAACUGAAGAAGGAUGGCGUCUUUGCAAAGGAGGUACAGAGUGCUGGAGUGGCCUUUCACUCCUAUUACAUGGCGUCUAUUGCCCCAUCACUUCUCCGUGCUCUUAAGAAGGUCAUCACUGUGCCUAAGAAACGAUCCCACCGCUGGGUCAGCACCUCCAUCCCUGAAUCUCAUUGGCGAAGUGAUCUUGCGCAGCUCUCAUCAGCAGAGUACCACGUUAAUAAUUUAGUGAGUCCGGUCUUAUUCCAGGAAGGCUUACAGAGCAUCCCCGAAAACGCAGUGGUGGUCGAAAUCGCUCCUCACGCCCUUCUUCAGGCGAUCUUGAGAAGAAGUUUAAAGUCAACCAACACAAUCCUCCCUCUGAUGAAGAGAGGACAUAGUAACAAUUUGGAGUUUUUCCUUACAAACAUUGGAAAAGUCUAUUUGAGCGGGAUUAAUGUUCAUUGUAAUAAUAUCUAUCCUCCGGUUGAAUAUCCUGUGCCGGCGGGGACUCCUCUCAUCUCUCCUCUCUUCCAAUGGGACCACAGCCAGACUUGGGAUGUCCCCAAACCCGAAGAUUUCCCUGCUGGUUCAGGGGGAUCCACAUCGACCACGGUCUACAAUGUUGAUAUGAACCCUGAUUCCCCAGAUAUUUUUAUGAGUGGACAUUGUAUUGAUGGUCGUGUUUUGUAUCCCGCUACCGGGUAUCUUGUUCUGGCAUGGAGGACGCUCGCAAGGUCUCUUGGUGUGGUCAUGGAGCAGACCCCUGUUGUAUUUGAAGAGGUCACAAUCCACAGAGCAACAAUCCUGCCUAAAACAGGCAUUGUGCAGCUGGAGGUUCGACUCAUGCCGGCAUCCAAGCGGUUUGAGGUCUCAGAGAGCGGAAACCUAGCAGCUAGCGGGAAGAUUUCCGUCAUGGAAGAGAACAGCCUGGAUGAUUUCCGCUCACAGCGCACAGAAUCUGUGAUUGGGAACAGUGAGAAGGAAGACUUCCUCUUGUCAGAUAAAGAUGUUUACAAAGAAUUGAGACUGCGAGGAUAUGACUAUGGACCCACAUUCCAAGGAAUUCUUGAAUCCAACAGUAGAGGUGACAGAGGGAAGUUGCAGUGGACAGGAAACUGGGUGACGUUCCUGGAUACCAUGCUGCAGAUGAUGGUCUUGGGAAUAAAAGGUCGCAGCCUCCGAUUACCCACAAGAAUCCUGUCUGUACACAUCGACCCAACAACACACGAGGAACACGUCUGUCCAAGUCCACAUGACAAGAAAGCUGUACCAGUUGCUGUUAACAACUGUUUGGCAAGGAUAGUAUCUGGAGGUGUUCAAAUAUCGGGACUCCAUGCCACCACAGCUCCUCGUCGGCAGCAGCAGCAAACUCCGCCAACCCUGGAGAGCUUUGUCUUCACUCCGUACUUUGAAGAAGACUGUCUGCAAGGAGAUGAGGACCUCCACGCUCUACUGGAACACUGUACAGAGAAGAUCUGUGAACUGGAAUUAAAAGUGGCACAACAUGGGUUAAAGCUGGAUAUUCCUGGAACCAAAUCUGCAGUAGGCGGCCAGAGGAAGAAAGACUUGAGCGUGUCCUCCGACCAGGGUCUUCUCCAUGUUCUCACAGAGAUCUGUAACCUGGAACUCAAUGGCAACCUGCAUUCAGAGCUGGAAGAGACCCUUCAACAAAAAAGCAAUCAGGUCCGAGAAGACCCCCUACUGAACGGGCUACUUAAUUCUUCAAGCUUUAAAACUUGUCUAGAUACAGUGCUGGAGAACGGCAGUGCACACCGGAUCAAAAUCAUUGAGGCCCUCGCAGAAAACGGCCAUUUAUCAUCUCAUGUGCUAAGUCUCCUGAACACCCAACCAAUGCUGCAGGUGGAUUAUACAGCCACUGACCGGACACUAGAAGUCCUCUCGGAGCUGAGCGGCGAUCUCGAAGUGGCAGGAGUGGCUGUGGAGCAGUGGGACCCGUUGGUCUCACCACCUAACAAUUUAACAGGAGCCGACUUGCUGGUGUGUAACAGCUCAGGACAUCUUCUGAAAGACCCCAGACAGGUCCUUCCCAAUAUGGCUGCCGCAGUAAAAGAAGGAGCUUUUGUUUUGCUGCACACGCUUCUGAAAGGAGAUAUCCUUGGAGAAAGCAUAGCCUUUCUGAGGACGCAAAAUCUUCAGCAGAAAGAUGGGCUUCUCUCUCAGGCAGAGUGGGAGGAAUUGUUUGAAGCCGCCUCUUUGGAUUUGGUUGCCAUGAAGAAAUCUUUCUACAGCUCCGUCAUUUUCCUAUGCCGUCGACGUGGAGCACAGAAGACGCCUAUAACUCUAUCGGUGGAAGACAUGGAUUGUUCAUGGGUGGAAUCGCUCAAGGAAUUAAUGGCAGAUUCUACUGAUCACCAUAUUUGGCUUGCUGCCCUGAAGCAACCAAAUUCCGGCAUUGUUGGGAUGGUAAACUGUCUGCGCCAGGAACCCGGGGGACACCGACUCAGGUGCAUCUUUAAUUCUGAAGUGGAAGCGUAUGAAGUUCCUGACAAGGAGCUCCAGCAGCUGCAAGGCAAAGAUUUGGUGAUGAAUGUUUACCAUGGCGGAAAGUGGGGGUCAUUCCGCCAUGUUCCCUUUCAGAAAGAUCAAGCUCAGGAUAACACUCGGUUUGCUUUUGUGAAUGUCCUGACCCGGGGUGACCUCUCCACUCUGCGCUGGAUCGCCUCUCCCCUGCGUCAUUUCCAGCCCACUAACCCCAACGUGAAACUGUGUACAGUCUACUACGCCUCACUCAACUUCCGGGACAUCAUGCUGGCAACCGGGAAACUACCCCCUGAUGCCAUCCCAGGUGACUUGGCGCUGCAGCAGUGCAUGCUUGGAAUGGAGUUUUCUGGCCGUGACCCUGCUGGCAAAAGGGUCAUGGGGCUCCUUCCAGCUAAAGGUCUUGCUACCGCUGUGGAUGCUGAUCAGCGCUUCUUGUGGAAUGUUCCUGAGAACUGGUCAUUGGCUGAUGCCGCCACAGUGCCAGUGGUCUAUGCUACAGCUUACUAUGCGUUGGUUGUACGAGGACGUUUACGGAAAGGCGAAAGUGUUCUCAUUCACUCUGGAUCAGGAGGAGUCGGGCAGGCAGCUAUUGCUAUAUGUCUUAGCAUGGGGUGCCAAGUGUUCACAACAGUGGGAUCUGCUGAGAAGCAGGAAUAUCUUCAAAGCAAAUUCCCACAGCUCGACCCCAAGUGCUUUGCAAAUUCCAGAAACACAUCUUUUGAACAGCACGUGCUCAGUGUCACGGGAGGCAGAGGAGUGGACCUGAUCUUAAACUCUCUGGCAGAGGAAAAGUUACAGGCCAGCCUGCGGUGCCUGGCGCGUCACGGGCGCUUCCUGGAAAUUGGCAAAUAUGAUUUGUCCAACAACACGCCACUGGGUAUGGCUCUGUUCCUGAAGAAUGUGGCCUUUCAUGGAAUCUUGCUUGAUGCCCUCUUUGAAGAGGGGAAUAGAGAAUGGGAGGAAGUGUCUGACCUGCUGAAAUCCGGCAUAAGAGAUGGAGUGGUGAAGCCUCUUAAGAGCACCAUCUUUACCCGGGAUGAGGUGGAACCGGCGUUCAGGUUCAUGGCACAAGGAAGACAUAUUGGGAAAGUUCUGAUAAAGGUAUGCGAUGAAGAAGGCGGAUCCGUUAGGAAUGCUGACACUCUACUAACUGCCAUCCCACGGACGUCCUUCCCUCCGACAAAGUCCUACAUCAUCACCGGAGGACUGGGCGGGUUCGGCCUGGAGUUAGCACAGUGGUUAAUCGAAAGAGGCGCUCGCAAUCUCAUUCUGACCUCUCGAUCCGGGAUAAGAAAUGGUUAUCAGGCAAAACAAGUGCAGAGCUGGAAGGAAGCGGGGAUCACCAUUGUGGUUUCAACCAAAGAUGUGGCAUCUAUAGGGGGGACAAGACAACUGAUUGAUGCUGCUUCACAGUUAGGGCCAGUGGGUGGAAUAUUCAAUCUGGCCAUGGUGCUUAAAGAUGCCAUGAUUGAGAACUUAUCCACAAAACUGUUCCAAGAUGUGAACAAACCAAAGUAUGAUGGCACCCUAAAUCUGGACAGCGUAAGCCGUGAGAAGUGUCUGGAGCUCGAUCACUUUGUGGUAUUUUCCUCUGUGAGCUGCGGGCGAGGAAACGCCGGUCAGAGCAAUUAUGGAUUUGCCAACUCAACCAUGGAGCGGAUUUGUGAAAAGCGGCGUCAGGACAAUUUGCCAGGCUUGGCAAUACAGUGGGGAGCCAUCGGCGAUGUAGGCGUAGUUCUGGAGACCAUGGGAAAUAACGAUACAGUGAUAGGAGGGACAUUGCCUCAGCGGAUAAGCGCUUGCCUGGAGGUUCUAGACCAGUUCCUGAACCAGCCUCACCCCGUUAUGUCCAGCUUUGUCCUGGCUGAGAAGACCAUCUCUGUCAAAGCCAAAGGAGCUGGUCAACAAGAUUUGGUGGAAGCCGUGGCUCACAUAUUGGGUGUCCGGGAUGUGAGCAGUUUGAAUCCUAACACCACCUUGGCUGACCUGGGUCUGGACUCUCUAAUGGGUGUGGAGGUUCGUCAGACGCUGGAACGGGAUUAUGAUAUUGUCAUGGCAAUGAGGGAAGUUAGACAACUAACGAUUAACAAACUGCGUGAGCUCUCUUCCAAAUCUGGAAGUGUUGAAGAAUCCAAGCCUUCUCAGAAAAGCUCGGUACAACCAGAUCUUAGUUUUCUGGAUUUGAGAAACCUCCUGGUAAAUCCCGAUGCCUCCACCAUCACUAAGAUAAAUGACGUUCAGAGUAAUGACCGACACCUUUUCUUGGUGCACCCCAUCGAAGGAUCCAUUUCCGCAUUCCAGAGCCUGGCCUCCAAACUCAACAUCUCCUGCUAUGGCCUGCAGUGUACAAGAGCGGCUCCCUUGGACAGUAUUCAGAAUCUGGCAGAGUACUACAUACAAUGCAUAAAGCAAGUGCAGACGGAGGGGCCUUACUGGAUCGCUGGCUACUCCUUUGGAGCCUGUGUGGCCUUUGAAAUGUGUUCACAGUUGCAAACCGAACAGGACAGUUCCCAGGCUCCAGACAGCCUGUUUUUGUUUGAUGGGUCACACUCCUACGUUGCUGCAUAUACACAGAGUUACCGUGCCAAAUUAACUCCAGGGAGUGAUGCGGAGGCUGAAACCGAAGCCUUGUGCGCCUUCAUCCAGCAGUUCAUAGGCACCGAAUACAACAAGCUCCUGGAAACUCUCCUUCCCCAGAAAGACCUGGAGGCCCGAGUGAAGGCCGCGGUGGACCAUAUAACACAGAGUCACAAGUCCAUCAACCAGGACGCCCUGCGCUUUGCUGCUUCCUCCUUCUACUACAAGCUGAAGGCCGCAGACCAGUAUGUCCCAGCUAACAAGUAUCAUGGAAACAUUACCCUCCUCCAGGCGAAGACACGGAACGAGUAUGGGGAGGGGCUUGGAGCGGACUACAGGUUGUCAGAGGUGUGUGAUGGGAAAGUGUCUGUCCAUGUCAUUGAAGGCGAUCAUCGCACCUUUUUGGAAGGCCAUGGAGUAGACUCCAUUACCAACAUCAUCCACAGUUCCCUUGCUGAACCCCGAACCAGCGUCCGCGAGGGUUAAACGGCGAUCUACAAAGCCAUCGUCUCCUUUUACAUAGUUGACUUAGGCUUUUGCUCUGGCAGAGGAUAAAAAUGGCUUCCUAAGGAACUGGACAAAACAUGAAAACUUUCCAUAACCAAUAUCAGCAAACCAUGGUUGGGGCUUCACCAAUACUGCCCAGUGCCAUAAAGGCAUUUCCAGUGGUCGGUAGACCCCCCCAUCCCUUUUCCCUUCUAUACCUUCCUCUGUUAAUGUUGUACGAACACAGCAGAAGACCCCCCCCCAGGUCUUCUACACAGAGUAGAGUUCAUUUUUGUAGCAUGUUGUUAUCAGUAUUCCAAAGCCAAGACGUUAGCACUUAGCAAGCCUCGCACCUCUAUGUUGAAACAAAUACCGUCGGUUCUCUGAGGCUGUGGCCUGCCUUUGAAGAGGCUGACUGGUCCAAAGAUCACACGGAUCUCCUUAUCGUAGAUCCCACAUUGGUCUUCUUCUGAGUGUGCGUGAAUUUUUUAUUUUUUUUUCUUUCUGUAUUUUUUUAUCUUAAUGUUAAGUAUUUAUUUUAAGUCGAAUUUUACCAGUGCACUCUUUCACAGAUGAAUGCGCUUAGCAUUGGUAGAGGAAAGCGUCUUCUGAACCACCUUUCGGAGGAGUGGCGCCUCUCCUUGAACCCUUCCUAUGGACACAGGGACACUUAGUAAAACUUUGUGAACUUUUUACUCAUGGCAUCAAUGAGAUAUAGGCUAAAACAGUAAAAGGCUUGUAUUGGUGUAGCAAGCAAUCAGGAUUUCCAAAAAUUAAGAAUUUUUGCUUCCUCUGGUUUCUUGUACCAGGGUGAGGG